AAGACUUACUGACUGACUUACCGUCAGUGACAAUGUGACUUGGACUUGGACUGGAGUGGGAAGAACACACGUCUUGCUGUAUGUCAGGAGCGCAACUAGGGUUGGUAACUAUGGACUGGCUGAGGAAACUGGUUGCAAUAUGACAGCGCUAUGCUUCAAGUUCACUUAAAAUUCACUUAUAUACCAUAGCUUCAUAGUAUCCAUUGUGGUUUAAAUUUAAAUUUUAACAACUGUAAUGCCUGACCCAAUCAACAGAAUUGGAAAAAUGCUACUGGCCCACACUGGGUUUAUAGUACACACUGUUCUAUAACGUGUUCCAUUUACCAGCUCUAAAAAAAUAUAAUCACAAUUUUGGAGUUAAUUUUCCCAUUGAACAAGAACUGAUGUAUGCAAAAUGAAACUCAUGCUUGUGGCUGUAGAUCCUGCAAAAUAUUGGUAACCAUUGACUAAACACAUUGUGAUAAGCCUUAAGACGAAACUCAAUAUCGUCAUCAAUAUUGACCAUACUGACUGAUAUUGACUGCCAUGAGCGGCUAUGGGAGCCGUAAAUCUCGUUUAUGACCACCUGAGCUACGGAACCUAUCGAUGGUGCACUAUACUCUGUAAGAAAAUAGAUGACAGCACAGCAUCUGAUACGCCAAUGGUUUCUGGUCGAAUAGAAACGAGUCCGUAAUGGAUUAUUGUGAAAGAAUGAUAUGGAUUUCGAAAUUCUGCGAUAUGCGUGAAAAUAUAUAGGACGAAUAGUUGUUUGUUGGGGAGGAGGGAAUGCUGGACCACAAAACUCUACCUAUUUGUUGAAUGUUUCCGUCGGGAAUAGGUUGCAACCUCCCAUUCCCAAGUUGCCUGGGUUUCCCCAUUGAAACAGAAGAACUCAUCCCCAAGAUGGCAAGAGAACCAGUUAUACUCAAUGUUUAUGAUAUGUAUUGGAUUAAUGAGUAUACAACGUCACUUGGACUGGGAGUCUUCCAUUCUGGAGUGGAAAUCUAUGGCACGGAGUAUGCCUAUGGUGGCCACCCAUUUCCAUUUUCUGGUAUAUUUGAAAUAAAUCCAAGAGAUGCCGAGGAACUUGGAGAACAAUUUCAAUUCAGGCAAUCUGUCCAUGUUGGACACACAGAUUUUACUGAAGAUGAUGUCAAGAGAAUAGUUGCAGAGCUUGGGAAAGAUUUUCGUGGUGACCGUUACCAUCUUAUGAACAAGAACUGUAAUCACUUCUCGGGCUCUUUUACGCAGAUACUGUGUGGCCAAGAGAUCCCAUCGUGGGUUAAUCGGCUAGCAUACUUCAGCUCAUGUGUUCCAUUUCUUCAGCGCUGUUUGCCCAGAGAAUGGUUAACACCAAUGGCUCUGCAGCACUCCCUCAAUUCACAUCAAGAGAAUUCCCCAGAUACGUCAUUGUAACAUCAAGCUCCUGCCACUAGGCUCUAAUAUCCGUCAGUUCUUUUAUUAUGAAUGGAGAGCUAAAACCGUCACAAAACUGUUUUUUUAAUUUGUUCUGUUUCUUAAUGUUAUUUAAUUACCCAGUAAAGUCACUGCAAGAUAUAUUGGUGAAAUAUGUUUGAAGAUUCAUUUUAAGCAAGAAUAUUAAUUAACAUGGGGCUACAAAAUGUCAUAGGAAUGUCUGUUGGUGCUGACAUGUUAGCAUGUUUAUAUUAAAAUAUGUUCUGGAGGCCUGAUUGUUUGUUUGUUUUGUAUGCUGCAGUUUAACAGGGUGUUAGAUGCACUUACAGUAUUUGUGUUUCCUGUAAGAUACAGCAUUCAUAUAAAAUACAGGUUUUGGUUUUAGACUUUUAAUUUUUGAAUGUUAUUAUUUUCGUAAAAUUUUGAUAAUUUUAUUUUCUCAGAUGUAUUCAGCAAAAAUAAAAUUCAGUUAGGUGCAUUUAGGCCAAAGUAUGUAACAGGGCCACUUUAAUCUUGCCAUUUAUAAUUGAAAACCUUAAUUCCUAGUAGACUGCCACUGGAAAACUUUCUGCAUGUGCAUUGUUCUAGUAAAUUGAUAGUUUAUAUUAAUACCUGAUGUAGGAUAGAAACUGUUUAAAUUUGAGGUCAACUCAGUUUACAUUUCUGAGCCAUGCAAAGUUUUCUGAGCUUUCCCAGAAAGUUACUUAAGAAUGCAUGAUAAUCCUAAGUCAUUACCAUGUAGAUAAUGAAUUUAUUUAACUGCACAGCAGCACGUAUUAAACAAUAGGCUUGCUGUGACUGUUGAUCAUAGAGUUUGCAAGUGGUAGAAGAGAAGUGUUUAAUGUGAAUUCCAGUGCACAGAUUGAAAGAUAAUGAAGGCAACUGUUUUUAUAAUAAAAAUUGUGAAAAUUUAUGAAUUACUCAGUCUGUUAUGUGUUCUUUUUUUUUAAUAAUAUUUAUUAUGAAGAAACCUCUUAUUUUGUGUGAAGAAGUGAAAGAUAAUGAAGAAUAUGCAGUGAGAGUAUAUGUGUAAAAUGUACGUUAUACCUAGAACAAAUUGUGGUGUCUUGUUUUUCUAUGCAACUGUUAGAGGUUGCCCAAAGAGAAUUUAAAACUGUUUUAGCAAAUCAAAGAAAUUAAUAUUUUUCUGAUAAAUGCCCAUAAUCU